AUGCUAUCUAUCAACGAGCUGGCAAUGGACCUGGGGUUCGCAAUCGCCAUCCUGGGCAUCUCUCACCUUCUUUGGAACUACCUUUCGUCCCCCUUGAAGAUCUUUCCAGGGCCGUUCUGGGCUAGCUUUACCAAUCUGUGGCGUCUCCAGGAUGUAUUCAAGGGCCGUUGCGAUAUCACACACAACCAACUGCACCGCAAGUAUGGAACUGCGGUGCGACUGGGUCCCAAAAUUCUCAGUCUCUCAGACCCUAGCGUCAUUCCUCAUGUCUUCAAUUCGAAGAAUCCGUGGAUGAAGAGUGAUAUGUACAAUGUGAACGACGUAAUUGUCUCCGGAGUGCGCUUGAAGAACCUCUUCUCGCAUCAAGAUGAGAAAUGGCACUCGACCUACAUCCGGCCAGUGAAGGGGCUCUUUUCAAUGACCAAGGUGCAGGACAUGGAACCUGGCGUGGAUGUAACCAUUAACUUGUUCAUGGAUAAACUGCGAGAGCGAUUUGUGGAAAAGGGCCAGCCUUGCGAUAUGGCGGACUACCUGAAUUUCUUUGCAUGGGAUGUGAUGAGUGAAAUCACUUUCUCUCAGAACCUAGGCAUCCUGGAGGCUGGUUCGGACUAUCAAGGCUUCUUGGGCCGAUCGAACAAGAGUCUCGACUACUUCGCCUCGAUCUCUCAGAUGCCAGUCUUGGACUUGCUUCUAGACAAGAACCCGAUCAUCCGCCUCGGCCCGCCCACCUUUGUGUGGGCCAAUAUCUUCAGUCUCGAGCAACUCCAGAAGCGCCUGAGCGGUGGCCCCCCACCGAGUGGCCAUACGGACUUCCUUGACAGAUUCUUGCAAACCAAGAAGAAGUACCCCGAUCUCGUCAAUGAUAACACGAUCGUCACCUAUCUCCUGUCCAACACGUUGGCCGGUAGUGAUACUACCGGCAGCGCGAUGUGCUCUGCGGUUUAUCACAUCCUGAAGCAUCCUCAGGUCCAUCGAAAGUUGCGUGAUGAGCUGUAUGCGGCCAAAAUCCCCCUCCCAGCCAGGUGGAAGGACCUGCAGGGCCUCACUUAUCUUGAUGCCGUCAUGCGUGAGGCCAUGCGAGUUAACCCUGGGGUUGGCCUCAUGAUCGAGCGGAUUGUUCCCGAAGGAGGCUUUACUCUUCCCGAUGGACGUCACAUCCCCGAGGGGACUAUUGUCGGCAUGAACCCCUGGGUAAUCAACAAGAAUGAGGCCAUCUUUGGGGCCAACAGUGAGGACUUUAUCCCAGAGCGCUGGCUGCCAAGCCCUGGUGAAAGUGACGAAGCCUACCAAGCACGAUUUGCUAAAAUGAAGGGUACUGACUUUACGUUUGGGGCUGGCCCCCGCACGUGUUUGGGACGGUAUCUAUCCCAACUCGAAAGCUACAAACUCAUUGCGACUUUGUUCAGCACCUUUGAGAUGGAGCUUCCCAGCCUCGAUCACACGUGGCACGUCACCAACUCAUGGUUUGUCAGGCACGAGGGUAUUCCUGUCAAGAUGCGGGAGCGUACGGACCUGGCUAUCAAUGCUUAA